GGGGGUGCGGGGAGCCGCCGUGUGGGUGAGUGUGAGUGUGUGUGUGAGUGUGCGCCCGCCCGCCCGGGUGAGUGUGCGAGCGAGUUGCGCAGCUGCUCUGCGCGCAGCCCCCGCCGCCGCAGCAGCGCUGGCAUUUCGUGCGGGGAGCGGCGGCCAGUUGCACCGGGGAGCGAGAGGCAGCAGCGCGCAGGAGGAGGAAGAAGAAGAAGGAGGAGGAGGAGGAGGAGGGAGGCCACACAGACACCAACUGAAACAAAGUAUCUCCAAACCAGCCCCCAACUCCACCUUGUGCGACUCCCCAGCAUGGCUUCCGAGGAACUCUACGAGUGGAACAGUAUUGGUUGUUCUGGGGCUCUGGCCUGAGCCCUCCAUGUUGCAGUAGAGAAAUGUGGGAACAGCAGGAUUUUGACCCUUAGAGAGAAUAUUUGCCUAUGAAAGAAGAGAACAACUAGUGUUAUGUGCAAUAAAAAGCCAAGUGAAUUGCAUUAUCUUAUGUUCUCUGGAGCACAGAUUUCACUAAUGAAUUUAAGAUGGUAGAGAGAAUUGUUGACAAGAGGAAAAACAAGAAGGGAAAAAUAGAAUAUUUGGUGCGAUGGAAAGGAUAUGAGAGUGAAGAUGACACCUGGGAACCUGAACAGCACCUUGUAAAUUGUGAGGAAUAUAUACAUGAAUUUAAUAGGCGUCACAAUGAAAAGCAAAAAGAAAGCACAUUAACCAGGACAAACAGGACCUCUCCAAAUAAUGCCAGAAAACAAAUUUCUAGAUCUACCAAUAGCUCUUUUUCAAAGACGCCACCUAAAUCUUUAGUGAUUGGCAAAGACCAGGAGUCAAAAAAUAAUCAAUUGUUUACUGCCACCCAGAAGUUCCGGAAAAACAAUUCACCAUCUCUUUCUGGCAGGAAAAAUAUGGACCUUGCAAAAUCAGGUAUUAAAAUCCUUGUUCCCAAAAGUCCUAUUAAAAGCAGGACAGCAGUUGAUGACUUUCAAAAUGAAAGCCCUGAUAAAUUGGACCACAUAGAACAGGAUCAAGAAGACUCUGUAGCACCAGAAGUGGCAGCAGAAAAACCGAUGGGAGCUUUAUUAGGACCUGGUGCAGAGCGUGCUAGGAUGGGGAGCCGGCCAAGAAUACAUCCAUUAGUGCCACAGUUACCAGUGCCAGUAACAGCCACAAUUGCAUCAGCAUUAACAAUAAAUGGAAAAGGUACAUCCACCUUUAUUGAAGCAUUAGCAGCCAACGGUACAACCAACAUACAAACAUCUGUAACAGGAGUGACAGCCAGCAAACGGAGAUUUAUUGAUGAUAGGAGAGACCAACCUUUUGACAAGAGGCUACGUUUCAGCGUGAGACAAACUGAAAGUGCUUACCGGUAUAGAGACAUUGUUGUCAGGAAACAAGACGGAUUCACGCAUGUUUUGCUAUCAACAAAAUCAUCUGACAACAACUCACUAAAUCCAGAGGUAAUGAAGGAAGUCCAAAGUGCACUGAAUACAGCAGCUGCAGAUGACAGUAAACUUGUGCUGCUCAGUGCAGUUGGUAGUGUCUUCUGCUGUGGUCUUGAUUUUAUUUAUUUUAUACGACGUUUAACAGAUGAUAGAAAAAGGGAAAGCACUAAGAUGGCAGAAGCUAUUAGGAAUUUUGUGAAUACUUUUAUUCAGUUUAAGAAGCCCAUCAUUGUAGCAGUAAAUGGCCCAGCCAUUGGACUUGGAGCAUCAAUAUUAUCUCUCUGUGAUGUGGUUUGGGCUAAUGAGAAGGCUUGGUUUCAGACACCGUACACUACUUUUGGACAGAGUCCAGAUGGAUGUUCAUCCCUCACAUUUCCUAGGAUAAUGGGCCUGGCUUCUGCAAAUGAAAUGUUAUUCAGUGGAAGGAAGUUGACUGCGCAGGAAGCUUGUGCAAAAGGAUUGGUAUCUCAAGUGUUUUGGCCGGGAACAUUCACACAGGAAGUAAUGGUUCGAAUUAAGGAACUUGUCACAUGUAAUUCAGUUGUGCUUGAAGAAUCCAAAGCUUUAGUCCGUAAUAUCAUGAAGGUGGAUUUAGAACAAGCAAAUGACAAGGAGUGUGAAGCUUUAAAGAAAAUCUGGGGCUCUGCACAAGGGAUGGACUCUAUGUUAAAAUACCUGCAAAGGAAAAUCGAUGAAUUCUGAUGAGAUGUGCACUGACACUGGAAUUGUAUUUACCUGGACAACUGGGGCAUAAAAAUGCCCCAAUUUUGUUUUGAAAACCUGUUACCAAGUCACCCGUAGCUCAAAGCUUGGGGAUGGGAUUGGAAAGACCCCCAGGCUUAUUGUCAAGGGGUUGUAAAGUACUGUAUCUUAAAAAAGAAAUGAACAAAAAAACUCUCCCUAUAUAUAUAUAUAUAUAUAUAUCUUUAUAUACACAAACUAAAAAUUAUAAUGGAGUGCACUACCAAACAUCUCUUUGAGGCUCUAGUUUUUGUUAUCAUUGGCUAGUACUGUAUCAGAAAGAAUGGGGUGAGGAGGAGAGUGAAUUGUGUUGUAUUAUUUUCUAUGUGGCAGGGAAGUCUGAAUAAUGCUUCCCCCCCUUCACUAAAAUACAGAAUUGAAACGGGUAUUAGCCAGCCCCUACUUUCACGGCCCAACAAGUGGCUUAAGAUAAGGCAUUGUCUUGAUCUCAGAAGAAGGUUGAAAUACCUCAACUAAUGGAACAUUAUAAUUUUUUUUUGUUUGCGAAUAAAACCCUAUAAUGAAAGAUUUAAUUAGAUAAAUAUCCCAAAAAGAGUGUGCUCAGGAGCUAUGCUAAGAAAACACUCAACCCCUUUUCUGGGGGGGAACAUGUCUAAUUCUUACCUAGAUAGCAUAAAGAAACCACUGUCUCUUAGGGGGGAAAAAGCUUGUUUUGCAGUAUUAGUGAAUCACUGAAUAUCUUAUGUAUAUGAAUAUCCUAAGUUAUAAGUUAGUUUUAGUGGGUUUUUUUAAAUAGUUUGAUUUUUUUUAAUAACUACAUAAGUGCUUCUGUUGCUGGGUGAGAAUACUACUUUCUACACAGUAUGGGGUUUGUUUUUUUUUUCUAUUUGCUGGAUUAAUUGAUGUAUUACACCAAAAAUGCAUUUUAGGUUCACUUAGAAUAUAUUUUAUUUAAAUAAGUUAAAAUUCUUUUGGCACACUAUUACAUACAAAAACUCCUUUUAUAAAAAAACUACCUUAUAGUAGAUGUUUAAUGUUCUUUGUCUAUGCUUUUUUAUUAUUUUAAAUAUACACUAUAUAUACACAAUAUGGUGUAAAAGAGUGCCCUCUGUAAAUAGACCUAUUUUGCAUUCCUUUCAGGACUGGUUACUGAUUCCUGACUGCAGAUAUCUACUAUUACUUGGGUAUCUGUGCUUGCAAUCUUAUUGAAUGUAUUAUGAAGAAUGAAAAAUCAAACCUUAUUUUUGUACAGUUUUGAAGUUUAUACUUGGAACUGACCACCUCCCUUCCUAGUGGAGAGCUGUACAGUAUGUAAAUUGCUUUUACCUUGGAUUGGUACAGUAUUUUUGCAUCUGUGGGACCUACUUUUGUUCUAGUAGUUUGAACUAUAUAUAAACUGUACAAUCUGUAAAGUUUUUAUAGAAUAAAUAUUCAGCUGUGAAAAUUGGUUAAAAUAAAACUAAUAUUUCUUAA